CACCGCCCUCUAAGCUCAUUGUCGACGGCGCUCACCGAUCUCCUCGCCAAUGGCGCUCGCCGCCCUCGGCGCUCACCAGUCCCCUCGCCAACGGCACUCACCUCCCCCGACGCUCAACGUCGAUGGCGCUCACCGCCCACGGUGCUUACAGGUCUCCUCGCCGAUGACACUCACCGCCCUCGGCGCUCGCCACCAUGGCGCUCAUCGUCGAUGGCACUCGCUGCCCUCAGUGCUUAUCGCCGACGGAGCUCACCGGUCCACUCGCCGAUGGUGCUCACCCCCUUGCCGCCCAUCGUCGACGGCGCUCGCCGCCCUCAUUGCUCAUCGCAGACGGCUCUCACCGGUCUCGCCGCCCAUGGCGCUCAUCGCCGACAACUCUCACUUCUCAUCGCCGACGGCUCUCACCGGUCUUGCCGCCUACGAUGCUCAUCGAUCUCACCAUCUUGACGCUCAUCAUUGACGGCUAUCGCCGGUCUCGUCGCCGAUGGCGCUCACCACCAUCAACGAUCACCAGUCUGGCUGCCCACGACGCUCAUGGUUGACGGCGCUCGGCACCCUCGCCGCUCAUCGCCAACCACGCUCACCGGUCUCACCACCCACGGCGUUCUCGCCGAAGGCUCUCACCGGUCUCGCCGCCCACGGCGCUCACCAGUCUCACCACCUUGGUGCUCAUCAUCGACGACGCUCACCGGUCUCACCCCUCUCGGCGCUCACCACCACCGACGCUCACUGGUCUCGUUGCCUACGAAGCUUACCACCCUCGGCGCUCACGACGCCCACGCGUUCACUCACUCUGUUCUUCUCCCUUACGUGGCACCCUUAUUGAGCC